GGAGGGACAGAGGAAAUAGUCAUCAGUUUGGGAUAGCCUAUUAACUUGACGCGAGAGCAGCUGGAAAUGUCCAAUCACUUCAAGUUUCCAUUCACUCUUCAACUCUACAAUAAUUGCUUCGGUUACAGGAAUGAUACAGGUGUUUGGGACUGAAUGCGACUCAGACUUGACCAGGGGAAAUGAAUGUAAAAGGCAGCGGGACUCUUCUGAGGAUUCUUAUGAUGUUUCUCUUCUUCUCACGAAGUUUGCAGUGGACUUAUAGGGAGCAUCAGGAUGAUGCGAACAGUGAAGUCUGUUCUGAGAAUAAGAUUGCCACAACCAAAUAUCCUUGCUUAAAACCAACUGGAGAGGUGACAACUUGUUACAGGAAGAAAUGUUGUGAGGGGUUUAAGUUUGUGCUGGGCCAGUGCAUUCCUGAAGAUUAUGAUGUGUGCGAUGGCGCCCCCUGUGAACAACAGUGCACGGACCACUUUGGACGGGUCGUGUGUACCUGUUACCCUGGUUACCGCUACGACCGGGAGCGACACCGGAACAGAGAGAAGCCAUACUGCCUGGACAUGGAUGAGUGUGCCAACAACAACGUGACGGUGUGCUCUCAGGUCUGUCUGAACUCUCCAGGGAGCUACAGGUGUGAGUGUGAGAAAGGCUUUUUCCUGGAAGAGGAUGGGAAGACCUGCACCAAGGGGGAGAGAGCUCGGCCGUUUGAGACGUCAGACAACAUGAUGAAGGCUGGGGCAUGCUCUGCUACGUGUGAAGACUUCCACCAGAUCAAGAUUACUGUCUUUCAGCUCAAACAAAAGAUCGCCAUGUUGCCCAGCAACGCUGAUGUUACCAAGCAGAUGACCAGUGAGAAGAUGCUGAUGUCACACUCCUUCCUGCCCGGACCUCCUGGUCUGCCCGGGCCUCCAGGAGAUCCAGGGCCAAUGGGUCCCCCUGGCCACACAGGACUGUUGGGGCCCCCCGGCCCUCCUGGACCCAGGGGACUGAUGGGCCCCGUUGGGCCAUCGCCUGACCUGUCCUUCAUGAAGCAGGGCCGACGGGGGCCCAUGGGUCAUGCGGGGGCACCAGGAAAACAUGGCAUCAAGGGGGAGACGGGGGCUGCUGGACCUUCUGGACCUCCUGGCCCUCCCGGAUCCUUUGACUUCCUGCUACUGUUGAUGGCUGACAUCCGUAACGAUAUCGUUGAGCUACAGAGCAAGGUGUUCGGCAGACUCAUGCAGUCUCCUGGAGAGGAGUUCCCUAUGGGGGUCCCAGAUACAUGGAGGGACAACCAGUCGCCUGGGAGGGAGGUCCCCAUGGUUGGCCCAGAGAGCUGGAGGGACAGCCAAUCGCCUGACAACUGGAGGGAGAACCAAGAUAUCCUGGUGGACAUGGGCUCUGGAGAAGACAAACCAAAGGAUUACAAAACACAAAACAUUGCCAAGGGCAACUCUGGAGAAGACUACAAACCACGCAGGAAGGAAGAGGACAGGAACAGGAACAGGAACAGGAAGAGGAAACCCGUGCGAGCCUCAACAACAGACUCAGACUUGGAUUGGACACUUUGAAUUUGAGGCAGAUUUUCAGUGUUUGUUUGUAAAUAUUAUUAUCAACAUAUUUUUUAUUGAACUGCUUAAAGUCACUCAAAAGUCAAAAUGUAUUUUUUUUCUUUCAUAGAAUCUCUAUUUUUAUAUUAUAAAUAGGAUUGUAAAUGUAUAUUUUAGUACAUUUGUUUGUAUUAUAGUUAUGGACUUGAAUGUCAACAGCAUUUCACUCACUGAAUGUCUAAAAUGGUCUAAUUCUUACUUAAACAUAGUUUCCACCCUGUUAUAGACACAUGCACACAUGAGAAUAGUCCAAUUCAGAGUCCAAUUCGUCCUACCCCUAAAUCAUAGAUAGAAUAUGUCAUUCGAUUUCUUUGCUCCUAAUCACCACAGCUUUGUUUGUUCGUUGCCUCAGCAACACUAGCCAAGGAUUGUUUAUGGUUGCUAUGGCUGCUAAGUAAGUGUGUAACACUCCUCCAAAGCCAAGUGGUUGCUAUGGCUGCCAAACCUCCAGGAGAAUGGUCCUUGACAGAGAGAAGAAGAAAGGUCAUGGAGAGUACCACUGGAGAGGGAUUGAGCAACUUCUCAUGUAAUGGAAUAUUCCAGUGUUUUUAAGUGGCACCAUAUUAUAUUUCAGCAGAUCCAAGUCUAGGCUUAUGUGGUCAAAAGGGGGCAUUUUACAAUUCAAACAUAAAUCGCACAUGUAAAGAAACUGGAAAAUAAAUGCCGUAAUAACACAAA